ACGCAUUGCUUCACAAACUGGUGAAUGGCAAAGACUUUCAGGGCUGUGCUUUCUGUAUCCGAUCAUGAUGUUCAUUUUUUUACUGUUAACCUGAUCGCUCAUGGAAUGUUCUAAACAGGUGUUUUUGAGUAUUUCUCAUCUUUUCUAGCUUUUUUUUUGUCCCUGUCACUGCUUUGGAAACAUGUUGCAGGCACUAAUGAGGAGAAGAGGGAGUUUUACAUAAAAGAAGUGCCAAAUGGGUGCCGGUAAGAAGCUAUACAUGGUGAUGGGCUGAGGGGAGGAGGAGUGGUCUCUACCAUGCUAGUCUACAAUAAAAGGCACUUGUCUGGACCUCUGAGGAGCCCAAAUUUUCCAGUAGCACCACAGGCAGCUGCUGAACAAGUAGGAAAGAGGACAAGAAAAAGAAUUAGAGUAGAAACUUUUUUUAUUUAAUAUUAAGCUUGCUUAGAUUUGUUUUGUAAGUAUAUUAUAUAAAUAAGAAAUUGAUAUUUUUACUGAAAGGACUUGAGUUUUGAAAACAAAAAAGGGGAGUGAAAGAAAAUGAUGGGUCUGCUAUGCAUCACAAUAAUCUCCCUGGCCCUGACCAGCAGUGCAUACUGUGAAGUGAUGACUUCAUCCACACCAAAAAGAGUCACGGCUGAACUAGGUGAGAAUGUCACCUUGCCCUGCAGGUACCAGACCUCAGAGAUGUCACUUUUUGGCCACCUGGGUAUGAGAAUCAGGUGGUCCAAACUGGGAGAUGAUGAAUCCCAGGAAGAAGAUGUGCUGACUUCAAUGGCCCUCCAUAAGAAAACUUAUGGAAGCUUCCAGGACCGUGUCUUUUUGCAGAAUUUGGACAGUGAUGAUGCUUCCAUAAUAAUAACUGAUGUCUCCAUGGAUGACAUGGGAAAGUACCGCUGUGAGAUCAUCAGCGGGGAGGAAGAUAUCACAGAGGACGUCAUCUUAGAAGUGGAACGUGGACUCGCUGAUGGUGUCGUAUUCCCAUACUUUACCCAUGUUGGUCGCUACAACAUGAACUUUGAUGAUGCUGUGCGGGCCUGUGAAAACCAGGAUGCAGUAGUUGCCACCUUUGACCAGCUGUUUGAGGCCUGGAAGGGUGGUUUGGAUUGGUGCAAUGCUGGAUGGCUAAGUGAUGGCACGGUGCAGUAUCCAAUCAGAAAACCCAGAGAGCCUUGUGGUGGUACCAACAGCGGGCCUGGCGUCAGAAGCUAUGGACGUCGAGACAAGAAGAUUCACUACUUUGAUGUGUUCUGCUAUGCUUCUGAACUCAAGGGUCACUUCUAUUGGCUGGUCCAGCCUGAAAUUCUAAGCUUUGAUGAGGCUGUGCAGGCCUGCUUAGAUGACGACGCAGAGAUCGCCAAGGUUGGCCACAUGUAUGCUGCAUGGAAGCUUGAGGGCUACGAUCGCUGUGAUGCUGGCUGGUUGGCUGAUGGAAGUGUCCGUUACCCGAUUUCCAGGCCCCGCAAGAACUGCAGCCCCACAGAGGCUGCAGUGCGCCUUGUUGGAUUUCCAGACAAAUCGCUAAAGUCUUAUGGUGUCUACUGCUUUAAGGCUAACCAGUGAAAGGAUAGGAUGUCUUAGCGAGACCAUAACCACCAAAGAGCAGAAACAACCACAGCCGUUAAGAUCAACAAGGAAGCAAAUAAGCUUUGAAUAAUAACUAGCAUGAACUCCAUACUUUACUGAAGCUGUGAUAACACUAAAACAAAAUAUUUUACAUUUUACACCCAUAUGCAAAACUCAACAAAAUAUUUGUAGACAUUCUUGUUUUGUUUUUUCUUUCCUGAAUGUGCCUUUUUUGGUCAGACUGUUGGAUAAAAGACAGCAGUUCUGAUAAAUGACUGAUUCAGCUUAGACAAAAUCUUUAUGUCAUCAUUGUUCAAGCUUGGUUUGUCUUCUAUGGAGGGACUCCAUGUGUGGAGUUCAAUAUCGAGAGCAGAUCCGCUGCUUUGAAAUAUGUCUUGAGAAUCAGUAUUUUUAAUUGAUCAAGAGUCACAUCAAUGAAAGACCAACCGGAAUACAAAGUGAUUACCAUAACUUGGCUAAAACUGUUGAGUUAUCGCUAUAUACAUGUUUUUCCCCAGUAAUCAAUUGGACAGACAUAAAUCCGAAAAGUCCUAGACAAAUCAACUGCAAAGGACACUAAUGGAUAGGUCUGUGACCUAUGUAGUAGUGAAAAAGACAAUUAGAUUUCACUUUUUAAUUAUGAUUUAUGAAUAGAUAUUUACAUGUUUACAACAUUUCUUUUAAAAGCACGUACAAAUAUGACCUUAAACCUAAAGUUAUGUGAAGUGUAGUUUAUAGGUUAAUAAGACCAGGAUAGUCCAAGAUUUGGCUAAGUGGUUACAGUAAGAUAUAUACAGAUCCUCUUUAUCUAAUAUACACUUGGAAAUCUAUCCCUGAAGAGUCACAGACACAGUGACCACUACCAACUAUUUAAUACAGCAGUGGGAAACCACUCUCACUGACUAUUCAUGAUCAUAAAAUCAUGAGUGGCUCAUUUGUCGAAAGCAGUUUAACCUUUAAAGGCCUUUCAAUACUGAUGACAUAUUUGAUGUCUCCUAAAUCCUUGAUAGCUAUCCAGUGGUAAUUGGAUCUAAGUGUCUUCCAGUGGACCACAAUGGACAUGUUUUGACUUAAAGAGUUACACCACAAGCCUUAGACAACGUAUUAGCAAUGAUUGGGCAAAAGGUAGAUUGGAAUUUUGUCUCAUUUGUUUUUUUUUCUUAUAACUCUUCCCAACCCCCCCUUACUUACAUUUAGUAAUUACUUCUGAACUAUAUUUUUUACACACUCGCUCAUGAAAAAGAUUAAAGUAUUUUUGUAUCAUAUUGUCAUGUACCAUUUGAACAACACGGUUUGAAAUAAAGAAUACAACUUUUACAUCAGUCAUCAACGUGUCACUUUUCGAAAAUAAAACCAUAAUUUAUUAUUUGCAAGUGGGGAACUCUGUGGGGAUUCAAUUCUAUUCUAUUCGAUACAAACCUAGGGGUUAUAUGUCUGGAGUAAAUGGCAAAAUACUGCAUUUGGAAUUAGACUCUGUUCACAAUUAUUUAUCCUUUGCAAUUUUUCUAUUCACAGCCAUUCUGCAAGCCAACUAUUUAGUAAGACAAAAGGAAUAGUACACAGUCUUUAAGAGGAUUGUGGGAUUCCACGGGAAUGGGGUCAGAUUUAUGUGAAAACAGUAGGGAAAUGCUAAAUGAAUGUAAAUGAGAGUCAUAAAAGUUGUUGUUAGAGAAAACAACUGAAUGCACUAGAAGAUAAAGAAUAAUUUAUUUUGACACAAAUAAAAAGAUACAACAGAUUAUUUCAUCUCGCAAAAUGGACCCAGUUUAAUACUAUUUGCACAUUUGAGAGUUUUGUUCAUUGCCUUGUUUGUACAGACGGUUAAAUCAAUCACCAGCUGUGGGAGUAAUGCUGACCUUUGUCUUUGGGGUUGUCUCUAUUAUUUCAACAAAUCAAAUGUGGCACAAAUGUUCAGAAAGUACAGUAAUGCUAUAAUGUCCAUACUUUUCCCAUUAAACUUGGUAAUGUUUGAAGAGAUUUAAGCACAGUCAAUUAUGAGAAAAAAUUAUAAUCAUACUUUGCAUCUGGCAAACUCAGACAUAUGUGCUAAGGCCAAAAAAGCAGAAGAGCCCAGGUGCAUUUCCCUUUCCAAAAUAAACCUCAAACACCCUGUUAAAUCCCUGUGA